AUGAACACCGCCACACAGAAACAUAAUAAACUUCCGGAGAAUUUCAUACAGAAUUCUUGCACGUUUCCUAUUAAGCAAACAGAUGCCACUGUCGAAAAAAUAGCGAAGGUAUAUCGAAAGGGACAUGGGACAACUCAUCUAAAAACAUCAUUUAGAUUUACAUACUCCAUUACCGAUACCCCAUCACCACCGGAGCACAUAAAUCGUGGUG